AUGGACGACACCAUUGCUUCAAUUACAGAGAAGCUAUCGAUAGUUCAAAUAGAAGACGAACCAAAGCAGCCUCGAAGAUCGCCUCGGAAGAGUAUUAAAAGGAUAGAAAUCAUAGACGAUGCAACAGAUUCAUCAGAUAGCCCGGAAGAUCUUGGCGAUUCGGACUACAGAAACACCAAGGGCGACUCUCAAGAGACGAUCUCCACAAACGACAAAUCCCUCGACGAAUUUCAAGAGCAGCAAUCACUAGCGGACUUGACCGGGGACACCUCACUGCGAAUCCUAACCUGGGAUGAUGUUUGCCCGCCCGGAGACCGCAUAGAAAAGAUCGCAGAAGCCUCCUAUGCAGAGGUAUACCGCGUCACAAACGAGCGAGGAACCAGUGUGAUUAAGGUGAUCCGAUUACCGUCGCCGAUUAAGCCACAGACCAAAGCCCAGGUGCGAUCCAGGCUCGUUGACGAGGAACCCCACUCGGAGAAUGAUGUCAAUGGCGAGUUGCAGAUAUCCGAGUGGUUGGCGGAUAUCCCUGGCUUUGUGGUGUACAAAGAGAGGUAUAUUGUGCAGGGGAAGACGUCGAGAGCGUUGCUGGAAACGCACCAGGUGUUUCAGAGGCGGAUGAAGAGGAAGGAUCCUGGACGAGCGCAGUUUUAUCCGUCGCCAAGUCGAUACUUGGAUGAUACCAAAUUUUUGGUUGUUGAGUUGGGGGAUGCUGGUACUGCGUUGGAGGAUUGGGAGUUGAAGAGUGAGAGUGAACUCUGGGAUAUUUUUUUUCUGGAGGCAAUUGCAUUGGCCAGGGCGGAGGAACUGGCCAUGUUUGAGGUACGUUUGCUCUGCGGUACGCAUCGCGAUCUUCACGAGGGAAAUCUGUGUAUCCGACAAGUACGACCUACGACGCAAAAAAAACCUGGGGCACAGGGAUACUUUGGCUAUUCGGGCGUCGACAUUACCAUCUUGGAUUAUGGAUUGUCGAGAGCAGAGGACCUGACUAUUGACUUUGCGAAACCAAUCGCCUACGACCUGGAGCGAGAUCUCAGUCUGUUCACAAGCACACACGCGGCACAAUGCAAGAUCUACCGGCAGAUGCGGUCGUUUCUGCUUCGCGCAGAUCGCAAAUGUCUACCGCCGGAAGCACACAAGACUCCUUAUGCCAAAGGCGUGGAUGGCCCGCUCUGCUGGGAGGCAUACGUGCCAUACACAAAUGUGCUCUGGCUCGCCUAUCUCUACGAAUACCUAGUUGAAAAUUUUCAAGGCGAUCCCAAGGAGGUGGCUGAAUUCAAGAAGCUGACGGCAGAUAUGUGGACGUACUUGAACCCGGACGCCGACGACGAUGUUCCCUGUUUCGGUGCUGCCGGGGACAUUGUGUGCUUUGCAGUCGAAUCAGGCUGGAUCCGCGAAGAACAACUCCUUGGGUUUGAGCCGUCGAUGAUUGAAAGAGAAGACAGUAUCAUUGUAUCGAGAGAUGAUGGGGACGCGGACGUUUCGUGGAGACGAACAUCGAAGCGAUUCGUGGGAUGA